CCGUACGAGUUCACACGUGACAACAGGAGGUCAGACAUGGCCGCCUGCGCUAAAGGGCUCGACAAGUUGAUCUUCUCCCUGAGGUCGUUACGAACCCUGCAGCUCCGAAAUGAACGAGGUUUGUCCACGUCCGUGUGUCGCCCUUCUCCCAGGGAAGACAACGACCCCCCCAAGUUCACCCCUCCGCCCAAACCCGUCGUGAUCGAUAAAACACAGACUGUGGCGUCUAUGCGGAAGUUCCUAAGCCCAGAGUUCAUCCCUCCACGACAGAGAACCGACCCUUUCAAGUUUUCCAUGGAGAGGAAGGACAUGGUCCGCAGGAGGAAAGUGCUCAACAUCCCCGAAUUCUACGCAGGGAGCAUCCUGGCGGUGACCAUGGCCGACCCUAACGCCAGCGGGAAAAUGAAUCGCUUUGUCGGAAUCUGUAUCCAGCGAGGUGGAAAGGGGCUGGGUGCCACGUUUGUCCUGAGGAACAUCAUUGAUAACCAAGGUGUGGAGAUUUGCUAUGAAAUGUACAGUCCUCGCAUCCAGAGUGUUGAGGUGCUGAAGCUGGAGAAAAGGCUGGAUGACAACCUGAUGUACCUGAGAGAUGCUCUGCCCGAGUACAGCACCGUGGACCCGGACAUGAAGCCCGAGUCCUGCUCCACAUCUGGAGAGGUGCCUGUCAACAAGAUCAAAGUGAGGAUGCUGCCGAAGCCGUGGUCGAAACACUGGGAGCGACCCAGGUUCGGCAUCCAAGGCAUCCGCUUCGACCUGUGCAUGACCCCGAGGCAGAUGGAGUUCGUCCAGAAGUGGGCGCAGCCCUGGCAGGAGUACGACAUGCUGAAGGAGUACGACACGUCCCGGCUGGAGGAGCAGAUCUUCAGCGAGGUCCAGCGGGAGAUGAGCAAGUGAGGGGAGAGCCUCCAAAAAUCCAAAUGUUCUUCAGUGGAACCACCAAUGUACAAAUGGGUAAAAAGACUAAGAUGCGAUGUGAGAUUUGCAUGGAUGUGGAAGUUCAUCCAGAUGUUAACCACAGCCACACGUGUGUGUGUGUGUGUGUGUGUGUAUGUAUAGAAGGAGGAGCCAGGAGUCCUUCAGUCUGCUUUGUGAUGUCAGAUAUUCCAUUGAUCACUGGCCUUGGGUGUGACAUUUGCAAUCAUGCAGAUAUUAAGUGGGUUUCUAUAAUAAAAGAUAUUAAACCUCCCAA